GUCAUCGCUGCAGCAACGGACAGGGCUGAGUCCCAGCACGAGAGACACACGCAUCAGCUGCAGACACAGCACAGCACAGCACGGCAUCAAAGCACAUAACACUCAGCGUUCAUCUGUCUCCCCUCACAACUCUGAAGAUCAGUCUGCAACAUCAUGGGCAACGUACAGCCCACCAUCGUCCCCUGUGAGGACUUUGAUGUCACAGCUGAUAUCAAGGCGAUCAGAAAAGCAUGUAAAGGUUUAGGCACUGAUGAAGAAGCCAUCAUCCAAAUCCUGGCCAAUCGUUCUGCAGCUCAGCGUGUGGAGAUUAAACAGGCCUACUUUGAAAAGUAUGAUGACGAGUUGGAGGAGGUGCUGAAGAAGGAACUGACAGGCAGUUUUGAGAAGGCCAUCAUCGCCAUGUUGGAGCCUCCUCACAUUUACUUCGCCAGGGAGCUGAGGAAGGCCAUGAAGGGGGCGGGUACGGAUGAGGCCGUGUUGGUAGAGAUCCUGUGCACGGCCACCAAUCAGGACAUUGGGAGCUACAAAGAGGCGUAUGCCCAGGUGGAAGAGCGCGACCUGGAGGUAGACAUUGAGGAUGAUACCAGUGGGGAUGUGAGGAAUCUGUUGAUGUCACUGCUGCAGGCGAGCAGGGAUGAAGGCUAUGAGGUGGACGAGGAUUUAGCCGAACAGGAUGCCGCAUCUUUGUUCGAGGCAGGAGAAGGAAGGUUUGGCACAGACGAGUCUACUUUUACCUUCAUCCUGACACACAGGAACUACAUGCAGCUUCAGGCCACAUUUAAGAUCUAUGAGUCUCUUUCGGGGACAGACAUUUUGGACACCAUUGACUCUGAGGCCACAGGGACCCUCAAGGACUGCUACAUCACACUGGUGAGGUGUGCUAAGAACCCACAGCUGUAUUUUGCUCGACGCCUUAAUGCUGCCAUGAAGGGACUCGGCACUGAUGAGGACACACUCAUUCGCCUCAUUGUAGGCCGCUCUGAGAUUGACCUGGAGACAGUCAAGGACAUGUACCUGGAGAAGUACGACGUCACCCUGAAAGAAGCCCUGGAUUCAGAGUGUGGCGGAGAUUUCAAACGCCUCCUCAUUGAGAUCCUGCACUAAACUCUUCUCAUCUACCUCCUACAGGCCUUAUUUAACCUCUACUUACACUUUCUUCUCACUCCUCUUUCUUCCACUACAUUCACUCAAUCACUUUGCGGACUUCUUUCUUUCUAUCUAUCAUAUUACAGCUGUUUUCGUCUGUCUCUUCACUCUUAGAGUCAGUUGUCUUUGCAGCAUGGACCAAAACCAACUCCUUAUUGUAUGUUACAGUGUUGGGCAGAGUUUUGCUAAGACCAUUACACUCCGUGAAAUUCCUUACUGAUAUAAUCCAGUAUACAAGAGAAGUGCAAUGAAUGUUUGUGUAAUUUACAUAUAACUUGUGCAGCCAAAAAUACAUUAUUGUAUUUAUUCCAAUUGACGUCAUUUAUUCACAAUCAGCAGCUUUACACUCUUUGAAUGUCAGCGUUGUUUCCAGCAUUUGAAGCUUAGUCCAAAGCACUAAACGUAAAGAGGCUGGUGCUGCAUCCUCUUACUUAUCGCUUUACUCAUCUCUGUCAUCAUUUUUGUUCACAUCACUUCUAUUUGCCUCAAAGAUGCCUUUGUAGCCAUGCAAUUUCCUUUCUGCUACAACACUCAACACUCAAGUGCCGAAUUAUCACAUUUGAUCUCUGAUAUCUGAAAACAUGAGACAAUAAUACAUGAUGAUGUUAUCACCGAUAGUGUGAGUUUUUUGUAGUCACAUCCCCAAAGGCUAUGUGGGGUUUUAACCAUUUGUAGUCUUAUUUUUAAUUACAGCUCACAUGCUGCCUUCUUCUCACAUUUGUACACACUAUUAAACCUUUGCCUUUGUCCUGUUGUCACUACAUUUACUUUAGGUUUCAGUCAUAUACUAGUAAACUCUUAUGAAAACAUGGUGCAUUUAAGAUAUUAGAUGAUAAUAAUAUUGAACAUGAAUUAACCCUUUAAGUAUCCAAUCACAGUACUCACCCUCUCUGUAUUCAUAUAAUGUAUCUGAAUUAAUGUCAUUUAAAAUCAAGAUUGCAGUUAUCUAAAAUAACUUAUUGUUAUCAUAUAAAUAAAUUAAUAAAAUGUGUCGUGAUAAUUAUUUUAGCUUCACCAAAUGUGAA